GAGUUUGUAGUACAGAGGCGAUGGUCUGUUUAUGUUCGAGGCCUGUAUGAGCUGAGGACUAUCACUGUUUAUGUUUAGGCUUUACAAUGGCCAGUGAGGGAGUUUCAAGUACAGUGUCCAGCAAGACAGGUGAGCUACUGGGUUGUGUGUCAGGUGUCUCAGGAUCAUGUGACUCUGGGCAGAGGUGUGAAUGUGAGCCAGAUGUGUGUGAGCCUCCAUCUCUGGAGGAGCUGGAGGAGGUGCUACAUUCAGCCCAGAGCUCCUGUAGGCACGGAGACGAGGUGUGGCCCAACCUAUACCUGGGGGAUAUGUAUAUGUCUCAUAACAAGUAUGAGCUGUGGAGGUUGGGCAUCACUCAUGUCCUGAAUGCAGCCCAUGGUAAGAUGUGUUGUAAAGGCAGUGAUGAUUACUACGGUACCACAGUCAGCUAUUACGGUGUUCCUGCCAAUGACCUACCCACCUUUGACCUCUCACCUUUCUUUUACCCUGCUGCUCAGUUCAUCCACCAGGCAUUAAAGUCAGGAGGCAAGGUGUUAGUGCACUGUGCCGUAGGAGUGAGUCGGUCGGCUGCGUUGGUCCUAGCCUUCCUCAUGAUCCAUCAUCAUCAUCCUCUGCUGGCAGCCAUCCGGCUGGUGCAGCAAAAACGAUGGGUGUUCCCCAACAGAGGAUUCCUAAUGCAGCUUAUUAACCUGGACUACACUCUUCAGAGAGAGAGAAGGGACUGAAUACACACACACACCAGACCUGGGAUAACUAUAGUUUUGAAUAUUAUUUGUGGAAAGUAACUAUUUGUGGAAAGUGACUACACCUGUGACUCUAGAUUCCAAAAAAUGACUAGUUUUUAAGUUUUUUUUAACGAUUGGAUGCCUUUAACUAAUGGUAGGGUUGUAUCUGGAACAUAAACUAUUGGAUUAGCUACCUUCAACUAAAGGCAUGGCUAGAAAUAGAAUGAAUAGAGCAAACACAAUUUCCUAUCUUGCAGUCGAUCAGAUUUGAUGUACAUAAUACAUUUAUAUCUGAACAUUCUGUACAUUUCCAAUCUCCGGAACAGGCCCCAGGUGUAGAAAAUCAAGUCAAACCAAUGAUAUUUUGUACAGAUAAGAAUAAAUAAGUUGUGAUGCUCAACUACAUAUCCUCUG